AUGGCCUCUCUACAUCACCGGAGCGCUUCGAUGGCUGAUCGUCGUAGUGCUCAUCUUUCCAGUGGACCGGCCAGGGUCAGUUCAACCAGAUCUCGAGAUUAUGACCGACCCUCCGACCGCGACCGAGAUGGAUUCUCUCCUAUAGUAUCAGGUAGCCCGACCGAGCCACGCGACGGCAAUCAUAGACAUUCAAAAAGCGACAACCGCCUGAGCGGCUUGGAACGGCGCAAAGAAAGAACAACCAUCACAACAACCGAUACCGUUUACACCAGAAGAAGUCCCAAGAAAGAUCUCCCGCAUAGCGAGCUCCGUAGGAGCGACACUGAUCGAAGGCGUAGCGCCGGCCCCGCUGUUCUUAAAAAGCCCGUCAAGGAGAACCCUCAAGAGCCAUGGAUUCCAACUGUCCAGCUCGUCCCUCACUCGUCUGCGCCUUUGGCCUCUCGUGUCACAUCGCCACCCAUAGCCCGCGCCGCGCCCCCAGAACUAGAACCCCCGCCCUUGGAAUCAAUGUCUAUGCAGGGACAAGAACAAGCCAUACUGGAUGAUCUCCUGUACGUCUUCAUGGGCUACGAGGGCCAAUACAUCCGCUUCCACGAUAAAUAUAACCCAUCAGAGGAGAAAGACAGACUCAAUGGACCAAUAUUUGAACCAGCGGCAGGCCUUGAUCCAAGUCUGAAAGAUUUGACUAGAUCGAUUCUCACCAUGGCCACCCAUUAUUGUGCCAUGGAGGCUUUCAUCGAGGUUCAGAGUAGAGCAGACUUUGGCGCUGUCAACCAUGCUCUCUGUGCCGCCAUUCGCAAGCUCCUCAAAGACUAUCUCAUCCUCGUUGCCCAACUGGAGAUGAAAGUCUUGAACGACCCAAGUUUCACGCUUCACCAAAUGCACAUUGCUAUCAUCCCAACUGCACAGUCUUUGGCACACUUAUACUCUCUGGCACAAGAACUCCUUAAGAAAAAUUCCCUUCUCGACGAGGACAUUGACAACUCUAUAGAUGAUUUUGAUGCUGACAACAUCAUUGAACGACUCAAAGAGGGGGGGGAUCUUCUUCCCGGCAGCCUCAGCAAGAAGAGGUGUAUAGGUGGCAAUGUCCUUGGCAUGCUGACGACUCGUUUAUCGACGUUUUCGGGCGAUCCUGCGGCCAGAAGUAUCUUGGAGAUGUUGCUGCGAGAGGCAAGCAGGCCAUAUAUGGUCAUGCUCAACGAAUGGCUCCACCAGGGAGGAAUCAGAGAUCACCACUCAGAAUUUCUCAUUGGUGAAAGGGCUAGUAUUAAGCGAGAGCGUCUCGACGAAGAUUACACAGACGAGUAUUGGGAGAAGCGAUACUACAUUCGUGAAAAGGAAAUCCCUCCUCAGCUAGAAGCUGUGAAGGAUAAAGUGCUGUUGGCUGGGAAGUAUCUGAACGUUGUUCGAGAGUGUGGUGGUGUCAAUAUCACCAGCAAGAUCGUCGAUACACCUGCCACUUUUGAUGACCCUCGAUUCAUGGACAACAUCAAUCACGCCUACUCUUUUGCCAAUAAAGAAUUACUUCGCCUGCUCCUCACCAAGAACUCUCUGCGAAGCAGAUUGCGCUCAAUGAAGCAUUAUUUCUUCCUGGACAAGGCUGAGUUCUUCUCUUACUUCUUGGAGUUGAGCUAUUCGGAGCUCCGCAAGAAGUUCAGGGAUGUCAACGUUGGCAAACUACAGUCGCUCUUUGAUCUUGUCCUUCAUCAGCCGGGAAGCAUUGCCGUGGCCGAUCCUUUCAAGGAAGACGUCAAGGUCAAAAUGAACUCUGUUGGACUAACUCAAUGGCUGAUCAAAGUCGUCAAUGUCCAGGGCAUGGACCAGGACAACCCUGAAUCCGUCAUGGAACAGUACAAGACACCGGUUGAAAAGGGCAAAAAGGAAAAGGAAGAAGAAGAGAGAGAGAUUUCUGGACACGGCGCUCUGGAACUGGAUUAUUCGGUUCCAUUUCCACUGUCCCUCAUGAUCAGCCGAAAAACAGUCCAACGGUAUCAGCUCAUCUUUCGGUAUACACUGGCACUCCGCCAUCUGGAAAACCUUUUGGUGGGAUGCUGGUCGAUUCAGAGUAAAGAGCGCAGCUGGAUACAUCGUUCACAGAACCGGAGAAUCGAGUUUUGCAAACGACGCAUUUGGACUCUGCGGUCAAGAAUGUUGGUCUUUGUCCAGCAGAUGCUCUUCUUCGCCACAGCCGAAGUGAUGGAACCCAGUUGGCAGAAGCUCAUGGCGAAAGUUGAUGACACGGAACGUGGCGAGAAAGAGCCAACACCAUCUCCAUCCGGACUGAAUCCUAAGAGGAACCCGACCGUUGAUGAACUGAUGCAAGAUCACGUCGACAUGCUCGAUACCAUCCUCAAAGACCUUGGGCUGACCCAAGCCAAACUCCUACGGGUCAACGCGAAGCUCAUGACCGGGUGCCAGCUAUUUGCCACCUACGUCGAACGCGCAACCAAGGCUCUAUCAGAAGUAGACACCAGCAUGUCGGAAGCGGCGGGCAACAAGAAACCAACCGCCAAUGUGCCAGCUGUGGUGGUCCCACCGACAGAUCCAGCUCGCAUGAAACGGCUCGAAGACAAUAUCGGCAAGUACGAAGACCACUUCAAUCGCCACCUGAAGAUCCUGAUUGACGCACUUAACUUUUACGCCACGACGGAGACAGUGUCAUUGUUGAGUCUUGCCGUUCGCCUCACCAACGCCGAGGUGCAGAAGCGAGAUGAUGCAUUUUUGUAGAGCACGUGUGAUGUGACAUGUGAAGCAAGCGUGUUGAUUUAGACAGAACAUUGAUGAUGGCCAUGAUCGCGUGACAUAAAGGUGCUGGUCUUAGUUGAUCCUCUA